AUGCCAUCAUUUGUUGUUUUGAUGAGUAAUUCUUAAGUUCAUUCCUGCACAGUUCUUAAGUCGUAAAUAGAAACUAAUUUGGCAAAAUGGAUUGGCUUUUUGGUAAAAAGAUCUCACCGGAUGAGAUGCUGCGCAAGAAUCAGCGCGCUUUGAAUAAGGCAAUGCGCGAUUUGGAUCGUGAGCGUAUGAAAAUGGACCAACAAGAAAAGAAAAUCAUUGCCGACAUCAAGAAAAUGGCCAAAGAGGGCCAAAUGGAUGCGGUCAAGAUCAUGGCCAAGGAUUUAGUGCGCACGCGUCGGUAUUCCAAGAAGUUUAUGCUUAUGAAGGCAAACAUUCAAGCGGUCUCGCUUAAAAUACAAACGCUCAAAUCUCAAAACACAAUGGCACAAGCAAUGAAAGGUGUCACCAAGGCUAUGCAGAACAUGAAUCGUCAACUGAAUCUCCCGCAAAUACAAAAGAUACUCCAAGACUUCGAAAAGCAAUCUGAGAUGAUGGACAUGAAGGAGGAGAUGAUUAACGACGCCAUCGACGAUGCCAUGGAAGAUGAGGGCGAUGAAGAAGAGACCGAUGCCGUUGUUUCCCAAGUGCUUGACGAGCUGGGCCUACAGCUGGGCGAACAAUUAGGCGAUCUACCCACUGCCUCUGGGUCGCUGUCCAUAGCAGGUGGAGCGGGUGCACAGAAAGCAGCUGCAGCUGUUGCUGCAGGUGGAGCAGGCGGCGGACCAGCUUCUGGUGGUGGUGGCGGUGCAGCUGGUGGUGGUGCAAGUGGCGGCAGCGGUGGUUCAACACCCAUGUCCGAUGCAGAUGCCGAUUUACAAGCGCGUCUGGACAAGCUGCGCAAGGAUUAGUUAAUCAUCGCAUUCACCUGCC